ACUGACAGAAAUUUGGUCCGUAUCUGACAGAAAUUUGGUCCGUAAAAGACCCCCUAUUGUCUGAUCUUAUCUUAGCUGAUAACAACAAUGAAGAGCGCAGAGAAACCGAUUCGCAGUUGUGGUACUUUGCGAACCACUAGUGGAGGUGGAGGUAUCGUGCUGGGAAUAACCGGCGAAGAUGGUGAUAACUCGGCUGAUAAACACCCGCAUGAUCUGGUGGACGAUUAAAUGUGAUAAGUGUCAGCAAUACAGUGUAAUCUCAUAGUGCAUCGGCAGUGCUCGGCCACGGUACUUGAACCGUGCGCAGCGAAAACUGGCAGUAGGAUCUGUACAAGCUGUAUCGGACGACGUCACCGAACUACGACGAGGUUAACAAACUGCGUGACUCACUCAACGAAAAUCUAAUCAACACCGAUCUGAGUAGCUACUCACCGGACUGUGUAGCCACGGCGCUAAAGAAGUUCUUAAGGGAGCUGCCCGAUCCGAUCAUUCUGAUUAUGUUUUACGACAAAUUCGUCGUAAGUCUCAAAAAUUAGCAGUGAUGUGUAGCAAUUUGAUUGCAUAUCCAGGAUCUGCCAAUUUACCACAACAUGACGCUAAGUAUGUAUAUUGUGAUCCAUCUGAUACGAAUAUGCCAAAUGCAGUACCAGCGGGAACUGAAAGAGGAACCGACAAUACUGAUACAAGUGUGGUGCCAUAUUCUAAUGCGUCUUCCUAGGGAGAAAAUUGUUCAAAUCGUGUAUAACACGGAAUACCAGUUGCGAAUAAUGGAACUAUUGCCCUAUAAGCUGGACUGUAACGAAAAACUACCAGAAUUUCUGUUUGCUCCUACGGUACCACCACGGAAAAUCUCCCGAAGCACGGUUGUGUUACAGCAGCAGCAGCAGCAACAACAACAAAUACUCGGUUCAUCCACUGUUUUACCAACAGACUAGGUUGCUUCAAAAAGCCUGCGAUCACAUUCCCGGCAUCUGUGAUACAAGCGCCCUUGAUUGGGGUGUACAAUAACGCCGGUAGAAAUAGUGGUAGAGGUAUGGAGGUAAAUAAAUAACAUGUUAUAUAUAAAAUUGCGCAGAAUUAAAUUGCUUACUAACUUAUCGCAAUCAAAUAAUCUUUUAUGAUUAUAACAUUGUAAUUUAUGGAAAGAACUAUGAUGAGUUUAUAAGAAAUUUAAUUCUGCGCAAUGUAAUAUAUAACAUGUUAUUUAUUUACCUCUUUCAGUAGUGAAAACUAUAAAAAUGUUGACAAUGGUUGAAUUAAAGAAGGAAAAUCGAGAGCACAAUCAAACACAAGUAGAAAAAUGCACGAUUCCUGCAU